GACGUGCUUUGAUCGCUCACCACGAACCUUUCCGAUCUCAUGCAACCAUCCACUUUUUCGCGUGGAGGCAAAACUGAAAACUGGUCUAUCGAACGCCUCAGAGCCAUUUAUAUUUGUUCUCUCUUUCGGUUGUGUUGUUGGUCUGUACAGCAGUUGUUUGCUCCGCUCUGAAGACACGAUAAUGAACUAUUUGAGGUUUGGCCGCAACGGCCGCUUCGUUAUCCUCUUGCUACUGUUAGUUUUGACACUGUCGGCAGGUCAGGAAGCUGAUACCGAGACAAACGGCGACAGCAACAAUGAAGGAGAUGAAUCUACACCCCAAACUAAUGAAACUCCAGCAGAAAAGGCACCCAAAGUGGAAGAUGAAGAACCAGCAUUUCUGGCUGCAGACCCCGACAAGUGGGGGCCUUACUAUGAUCCUCAAUCAGAGUUUUGCGGCAUGCAUGACUGUUACAGCAUUUUGGGGUUUGACUACGAAUCAGGAAGUCCCAAUUCCAAGGAUAUCACGAGGCACUACCGAAGACUCAGUCGAAAAUGGCACCCAGAUAAGAGCAAGCACCCCAAUGCAAAAGAACGCUUUGUUAAAAUUGCCCGAGCUUACGAAGUUCUCACCAACUUUGAAAAGCGCAGAGAGUACGAUUAUAUGAGAUACAACCAGGAGGCCUACUACCAAAAGUAUGGAACCUCAGUUCUCUGGACUUAUGCACCCAAAUCCGAUGUGACCGCGAUUAUCUUGGUUCUCCUCGUUGUUGCCAACCUUUUCUCUUGGUUUGCACAAAAGACCAAAUGGCAAAAUGUAGCAGAUAGGUUGGUAAAGGCUGCAGCGGAAGAGUGGAGUGCUAGCCAGGGAGGAACACCUGAGAGCAAAGAACUCCGUGAACAUGCAUUGGCAGUCUUGGCGGAACGUGAGAAAGAGGAAAAUGGAGAAGAAACCACCAAUGGCGACGAUAAGGCAUCAGCAUCGCCAGCAGCAUCCAAAAAGAAAGCAAAGACCAAGAAAGUAUCAGGAAAAGAAAAGAAGAAACAAGAGCUGGAAGCUUUGAUGCCAAUUCUCAAAGAGCUCGUAGAGGAAAUGGAGGAUUUUGGCGGCGGAUUCCACAAACCAACCUGGAAGGACUUGAUGAUUGUCAGUCUUGCAAAGCUUCCAUACAGAAUCGCCGUUGGAACGUUCUGGGAGGCAAAGUAUUAUGCGAACCGGCUGCAAGGGAAGGAGCUUAGUGACGAGGAGAAAGAUGUCCUGACUGAGCGAGCUGUGGGCCCUGUGGCUUGGGAUAUCGCGUCGGACGAAACUAGGGAGUUAAUGAUCAAACGGGAACUUUGGAUCAUGAACAAUCUGAUUGAAUGGAAAGAGGAACAAGAAAUCAAAAAUCUGAGCGCCUGGGAACAAAAAGCAAUCAAAAAGGCUCAAAAGGCAGAGAAGAAGAAAGCCAAGCUGUCGUGAAGUGGUUUCCCAACCUUUGUCUUUUUCAGCCGGAGCCCCAAUUGUUCACAGAAUCCGAAUGAUUCAAUUCAAUCCAAUCCGUUCCUAUACUGACGUACAUAAUAAGCAUCGAUAGAGUUUCAUAUCAGCUACUAGAAAUGAUUUGUCAUUGUGG